GAAUCCGCCACCCUCACAAACACACUUCGGAUGUGGAAGAAUGGAUUGGAGACGCAGUUACAAACACACUUCAGAUGUGAAGGAAUGGAUCGGAGACGCAGUUGCGAAAGAUUCUGGUUUAAUCCUCUUUGCCCUUUUCCUUCACUGGAUUCGAGUAGAUCCGUUCGUUUCUGGAAUGGAUUUUGUUCGAGCUUCUUCUCAACGGUUUGUGGCGUUGAACGAGAUUCUUGGGAGAUGGGGUCUGAAGGCAUCGUCAAAAUGGAAUUUUAGUGGUGAACCGUGCAGUGGUGCUGCAGUGGAUGAAACUAGCAUAGAUAAUGCCGACUUCAACCCAGGAAUCAAAUGCGACUGUGGUUACAACAACAACACCUGCCAUAUCACUAAGCUAAAGGUAUUUUCCUUGGAUGUGACCGGAACUAUUCCGCUAGAGCUGCAGAAUCUACCCUACCUCACUAAUCUAAAUUUAUGGAAGAACUGCCUCACUGGUCCUCUGCCUGCCUUUUUUGGGAAUUUUUCUGGGAUGGAAUACUUAAGUGUAGGGGUUAAUGCUUUGUCAGGGCCAAUACCCAAGGAACUUGGGAACCUUCAGAAGUUGAUCUCUCUGGGUUUGGGAAACAAUAACUUCACUGGUUCUAUUCCCGUGGAAUUUGGGAAUUUGACUAACCUAAAACAAUUGUAUGUGGAUAGUGCUGGACUUAGCGGUGAGCUACCUCCAACUCUGUCUGAUCUUAAAAUCUUGACGACAUUGCAGGCUUCAGACAAUAGUUUCACAGGAAGAAUACCUGAUUACAUAGGGGGAUGGAGCAACCUAACCAUCUUGCGCCUCCAAGGUAACUCCUUUGAAGGUCCAAUUCCUGCAAGAUUUUCUAACCUCACUCAAAUGACUGAACUAAGAAUAGGAGAGAUAAUAAAUGGAAGCUCUUCUUUGGUGUUUAUUAGUAACUUGACAUCUUUGAGCACUUUAGUGUUAAGGAAUUGCAAGAUUUCUGAUACUAUUCCACAAGACUUCUCACGAUACACAAGUUUAAAGGAACUAGACUUGAGUUUCAACAAUAUAACAGGCCAAGUUCCUCAGUCCCUCUUCAAUUUAAGUUCACUUCGUUACUUAUUCCUUGGCAACAACAGCCUAUCUGGAAACCUACCAGCGCAAAAGAGUUAUUCACUAAUGAGCAUUGACCUGUCGUACAAUUAUUUAUCAGGAAGCUUUCCCUCUUGGGUCAACCAACAGAAUCUACAAGUGAACUUGGUGGCAAACAACUUUGCUCUUGAUGCUUCCAACAGCAAAUUACCUUCGGGGUUAAAAUGUCUUCAGCAUGAUAUCCCAUGCUAUCGUGGUUCUCCAAACUAUUAUUCCUUUGGUAUAUUAUGUGGAGGUAAUAGUCCUAUUACAGCUUCAGAUGGCACUAUGUAUGAGAUAGACAAUGCAAGUCUCUCAAGUGCAUCAUACUAUGUGACCGACCCCGUUAAAUGGGGUAUCAGCAGUGUUGGAAGUUUUGCAGAUGCUGCUAAUGCUAAUUAUAUAAUUAACCUCGGAUCUGAAUUCGAUAAUACUCUAGACCCAGGUCUAUUUCACAAUGCAAGAAUGUCUGCAUCUUCACUGAGAUAUUAUGGUUUCGGUCUUCAGAAUGGAAAUUACUCCAUAAAGCUUCAAUUCUCUGAGUUUAUCAUCCUAGGACCAACUACUUGGCAAAGUUUGGGUAGAAGGGUUUUCGAUAUCUAUAUUCAGGGUGAACGUAGAGAAAAGGACUUUGAUAUAAGGAAGGAGGCUGGUGGGAGAUCCUUUAGAGCUGUUGUUAAGGAAUACAUUUCUCCAGUAACAAACAAUUUUCUUGAAAUUCAUUUCUUUUGGGCUGGAAAGGGUACUUGCUGCGUACCCUAUAGAGGAUAUUAUGGCCCUUCCAUCUCUGCUAUCAGUGUAUACCCCCAUGAUUUUACACCUAAUGUUUCAAACAAACCACCGACAACAAGUCCUGAAAAUGGUCAUAAGCAUAAGGGUUUAAUUGCUGGUGUUUCGGCUGGUGUUUCUGUUGUAGUGUUCUUAGCUAUAUGUGCAACCUUUAUGUUAAUUCAAAGACAGAAAAGGAUAAAUGAGCAAUCUAAAGUAUUAAAAGGACUAGAUGUGAAACCCUACACCUUUAGUUAUACUGAACUGAGGGCUGCAACCGAAGACUUCAAUCCUGCCAACAUAUUGGGAGAAGGAGGUUUCGGCCCGGUGUUUAAGGGCGUACUGAGCAAUGGAAGAAAAAUAGCGGUUAAGAAACUCUCAACAACGUCUAACCAAGGAAAGGGCCAGUUCUUGACAGAGAUUGCAACUAUAUCUGCUGUGCAACAUCGAAACCUUGUAAAAUUGCACGGUUGUUGUGUCGAUGAAGAAAACCGGAUUUUGGUGUACGAGUACCUAGAAAACCGUAGCCUUGAUCAAGUAAUUUUUGUGAAGAAAGAUUUUCAUCUUCAUUGGUCAAAGCGUUUCAAUAUAUUAUUGGGUGUAGCAAAAGGUUUAGCUUAUCUCCACGAGGAAUCAAGUGUUUGUAUUGUGCAUAGAGAUGUCAAAGCUAGUAAUAUUCUACUCGAUGCUGAUCUUAACCCAAAAAUCUCAGACUUCGGUCUAGCUAAGCUCUAUGAUGACAAGAUUUCUCACAUUAGCACAAAGGUUGCUGGUACAAUUGGCUAUCUGGCACCGGAGUAUGCGUUGAGAGGGCAUCUUACAGAGAAAGCUGAUGUCUUUGCUUUCGGAGUGCUAGCAUUGGAGGUUGUUAGCGGAAGGCCCAACUCUGAUCGGCUUGAUCACGAGACAGUUUACCUUCUUGAAUGGGUCUGGAAUCUACUCGAGAACAAUCAAAAAAUAGAGGUGGUGGAUCGAAGCCUAACAUCAUUUGACGAGGAAGAGAUCAACCGGGUCAUUGGAGUAGCUCUACUUUGUACCCAAGCAUCACCAGUGCAUCGACCCCCGAUGUCAAGGGUUGUGGCAAUGCUUGUAGGGGAUCUAGAAAUCAUGGAUGUGACCGAGAGACCUUCUUAUUUGCUUUUGUGGCAGUGUAGGGAUGUGAGCAACAGCUUUAUAACUGCCGAGAAUUCUGAUGUUUCAUACAGAAGACAUGUAAAAGAGCGACCUAGCUUUCCAUUUUGGAGCACUGACAAUGUGAAAACCAGAAUUUUGUCUGUUGGAUCGAUUGGAGACAGUAGCAUCGAUGAGGGAAGGUGAACUUGAUCACUAUGGCUCAAACUUCUGUUAAUGCAAGUGCUGGGUGAGUGAAAGUCAACGGUCAACUCCGCUCAAUUCUGCUACAUAAAUCUGGGAAUCAAUGAGCCUAAUUCAAUCAGGAAAGAAGAGAGCGAGGAAUGCAAAUAAUGUGGAGGAUGGAAUGCCAAAAGGCUAUGAGAGGUUUUUGGUGCACGCUAAGCUCUUAAAGGAAUCAUUUUUUAUAGUGUUGCUGAAAAUGGCCGAGCAAGAGUUUGGGUACGCGCAACAAGACUACAAGAGUUCUUUGCACACCGUGUGACACUGAACAAUCAGAUCAGUGGUCGAUGCCGCAACUAAGAAGGCCAAAUCAAAGCGUUCCAUUGUCUUUCUUAAUGUGUGUCUUAUAUGUUUUUCAAUAGAGUAUAGUUGAUGGCUUUUUUUUUUUGUUCGCUCAGGUUCCUCCUCUCUAGAAAAUCUGGAUCAUCCUUUCAACUCGCUAGAUUCGGUGCCUUGAGAUGCAACACCGAUUAAAGUUUGGCCUGGCUUGUUGACAUGGCUCUUCUAACGCUCAAGUCAGUCACCAAGGAAGGGAACGAAAAUGAAGUAAAGAGAAUAGGAGUUUGGUG